CAAAGAGCCAAUAGACAAAUAUCUAUUAACUCUCUCUCUCUCUCUCUCUCUCUCUCUCUCUCUAUAUCUGUAUCCCUACUCCGCCUCUGUUUCAUUUGGCCGGUUGUUUCUUAAAAGCCACACUCUUCAAAGUUCAAACUCGUUGUUUUUGCAUGAUCAACUAUUUUCUGAGGAUUUUAAGACCAUGGGUAGAGGUAGAGGAAAGGGUAAAAAGUUAACUGUCUCCAAUCAUGACGAUCCUGCAAGUGGUGAAGAUGAAAAAGUUCCCAUGCAAAAGAGGAGAGGGAGGCCACAGAAACCGCUAAAGGAUGACUUUGAUGAAGAAGAAGUUGUUGAAAAAAUAGAAGACGCCAGCAACAAUGUUAAGAAUGGAAUCUCUAACAAAGAAAUGAAAAGUCCAACUGCAACAGAGAAUGGAAGGAAAAGGAAGCGAAACUCCCAGGUAAAAGAGAAAUUAGAUUCAGUUGAGGAAGAAAAUGGAAAUGGAAAUGGAUCAAGCACCACUGAUGAGUUGACAACAAAGUCCAAUGGAUUUAGGCAUAAUGGAAGCAGGCGUAAAAGCACUCCUCGUCGUGCUGCUGAAGCAGGUGUGCAGUGCAAGUAAGAUUAGUAAAAGUUGUGCAAUAGCUUUCUUCCUUUUUCAUUUACCAGUUAAAAUCAUGAGAUAGGAAGUGAGGCGUAGUAUCAUUUCUUUAUUUUAUUUACUUUUUUUGUUUUUGUCCUUAUUUUUAUUUUCCUUUUUCUGGGUGGGACUGGUUUGAGGGGUUCCAUUUGGUGAUUCCCUAUCAUUAAUUCCUUCUUCUUUUUUUUUUCAAUUUCAAUCAUGAAUUUGAGAAUUUACAAUGCUGACUGUUGUUUUAUAAUGCUAUAACACUUUGAAUUUACAUCUUUUUCAUUUUAUCUUCUUACUUAAUUCAAGUUUUCUAAGAAAAGAUUAAUAUUCUUUAAUUUCUGUUAUGACCAUGCCUUCUAUGCUACCUCUUCUUUCACCAACAGUGUAUCUCAAGGUCCCAUGAAUGAAAUUAUGCAUAUGCUUCUAAUUAUAAGUUUGGUGACAGUGAAUUACUCAAGUUUUUACCUUGUUUUGUGUAUUAACCUCUUUUGUCUUGUACCUGUUGAAGUUUGAGUUGUCGAAAUUAUCUUUUGCAGUACCUGUUGUUCCCCCCUCCCCUCCCAAAGUUUAAAAGGUCUUUCUACUCUCUAAAGCUUCAAAGAUAAAAGGAAAAUUCACAUGACACUGAAUCUGAAGUCUUUUUUUAAGAAUGAGGUAAUGGGCCUUGCAUGGCAUUUUUCAGAAGGAUUUAGCACUCUACUUAUAUACUUAAGGCUACUUGAAGUUUUAAGAAGUCCACAUUAAUGAAAAUGAAAUUACGUGCUUAAAAAGUCUUAUCAUACGCCAACUAGACUGUGGUAAACUUCUUCAGAAGUAGCUUAAUUUCUUAGAGCAAUUUAAUGUUCUGCUAAUGCUUGUUUUACGCGUGCACUAGUUCUAUAAGAUUUGUAUGUUCUCUUAUGCAGUGUGUAUGCAUAUUUGUUAUUGAGUUUAUUUGCUUUCUUUUUGUAAACAAAGAGGCAUAUUAACCCAAAGUUGUCCAGUGAAAUUAUUGUAUGGAUAACACAAUGUUGGAAAUAAGACGAUUCUUUGCUGUAUUUUAAUUCGAAAUAACACAAUGUUGUCCAAUGAUUAUGAAGCAAAUACACUUUCAUUCUCUUGGGAGGAAUAAAUAGGACCCAAUUUGUAUCCAAGUUUGCGUGUGAAAUGAACUCAACUCAUGGAUUUGCAUUUGCAUUAGAAGACAUCGACCAGUUAUUCUGUCUUAAUCUCUGUGGGUUAACCCUUUUGCAUUGGAUCGGACCCGUGCUUUUGGAACUUAUGUUCAUCUUUUCUUUUGUUGGACCUGAGGAAAUGCCACAAUACCACAAGUUAGCAAACAAAUGAUAAAAAUUAUUACUACUUUUAGUCUAUAUUUUAGUUGAGCAUUGCUAUUUAGUACGAAUUUAUACGAAUACAUGUGUAUGAAUAUUAUUGGUUAAAUGAGUAACCAUUCAUACGUUUUGUCAAAUUAUUUUUUGUACUAAACAUUAUUUCCGAUUCUAAUUUAUGUGCAACUUUUGUCUUCUGAUACUAACUGUUUAAAUAAUCCUAAUAAUUUUUCCGAUUAGUAAACUUGAAUUUCUCAUCCCACAUUCAUUCAAUAAUUAACUAUGUAAUGAAAGUAUGACAUAACAUUUAUUUAUGUAAAAUUUUAAAAGAAAAAGUAAUAACAAUCUUUUUUGGUUUUUGUAUUCAAAUUUUGUUAAGCAUUUGUUUUUCUUUGUCAAUUUAUAAAAAAUAAUGUCAUGCCAAACCUCUUUGACAUUCUCAUUGAUUAUUGGAUGAAAAUUGAGGUGAGAAAUUUGAUUUUAACAAAUAAAAUAGUUAAAGGUGCAAAUGUGAAUAACUAAAACUAAAAAUUAAAAUUCAACAUUAUUAAAGUAUGGGACUGAAGUAUAACUAAGCCAUUUUAUUUAUAGAAUUGUCACUUGGAUUCAUAGGCAAUAGGGUGUUAAGAAACAUGACCGUGUAAAUAUUUUUAUUUGUUGCAAAGUACGAUUUAUACACUAGGCCCAUGAUGAAUUGGGCUGGGUCCAAAUAUUGUGAUUAGGUAUCUUAAAUUGCAGGGAUAGUGGGCCAUGUUCUUCCAUCUCCUUAUCCCUCGGCAUUGCCGUGUUACUGUGUAGUGGGCCUCUUGAUGGGCCUUUAUGUUGUUUGUCUUGUUAAGUUUAAUGUUGAGUAUAGAGGAAGAUAAAGCUUUCUAACGACCAAAAAUUAACAUAAGGCUUUCUUUUUUCAAAAAUAAAAAAUUAUUUUACGUAACGACAAGAACUCUAUUUAGCUCAAAAUUUACGUGACACGCCCAUGUUAGUCAAAUAAUGAUAUUAAUAAAAAAUAUAUAUAUUUGACUCCUGAUAAAAUUGAGUGAAUUUUAUCAUGCAUGAAUACAAAAUAUUAAGAGUUUCAAUUAAAUCUUAAAAUAUUAUCAAAUUUUUAAUGUGUUUUGAAAAAGACAAUAAAAAAUUUUACAAAAUUAUAUUUUGAUUAAAAAUUACAUACAUUAAAAGAAUUGAAUAUUAUUAGCAAAAAUGCCAAACUGUCCAUUUCUUGAAUUGAGGGAAUGGGAUGAGGAGAGGGUUUUGAAGUUUGAACAUUGGGUUGCGUCAAUCUCCAAGUCACUAUGAUCAUCUCUUGUGUUUAUCUACCCACAUUUCAACAUAAGAACGACGACUCCACUGUCACAAAUGUUCUGCAUGCAAUGGAUCAACCACCAUUCAACGCCUUCUCCACGUUUCUACCACACUUAAUCGGAGAUACCUUCACCCAUAAAUAUCCACGUCUCUCUCUCUGUUACUGCAAUUUUAUUCGGUGGUCCUGAAGACAAAAAUUAAUAUGCUGAAUUUUCAUGUUUUGUAGAUCAAAACAAUUACUCUAAUUAUCUUUCUUAAUUGUAACGUAUAAUAAAUACUUUAAAAUAAAAAAAUAAAUGCUUAAUAGUAAUCUUAAUUAAGAACGAAUAUUAAUCAAAUUAUUAUAUUAAUUCUAUAAGUUAUUCUUUUAACUUCAUUACUCACCCAUCAAACUUUGUUUUUUUUUUUUGGGUAAAUUACAUUUUACUCUUUUGUUGCUUUAUAUUUUUUCUAUCAACUGUGAGAAGUAAAGUGAUACAAAAGUAAUUGAAAUAAAUAAAUAAAUAAAAGAGAAUUUAAUG